AGAUCAAUACGUACUUUCGCUCUUUCCCUCCCCCCCUCCUUUUGAAUUCGAGUUUCCUGGCCCGAACAUCCAGGUUUCUGUUGUUGACGUUAUCGAGCCAAUCAGAUCGCCAAACAGGGGUAAGGCUGUGUUCUGCACCCGUUUCGGCAAUUCGUAUUUAGCGUACGUUCGCUUUGAGGUUUAACGGCGAUGAUCGAUCAUGGCGGAGUUUACGAGUGGGAAUCCGGCUAACUUUCGUAUUUACAAGGCAGGCAGUUAGUUGACUUUUUGGGACGUGCACUUGUCACUGAACGUCUGUCAUGAUGGCGCUCCCUCCCAUCGCGAAGGCCACUCUACAAGCUGCGCUGAUCAAUGCCGGGUCAAAUAUACUGGCACAGAGCAUUCAGUCAUAUAGAGAUGAGAAACCGUUCGAACUGGAUCUGCAAACGCUGUUUCAAUUCACAACAUGUGCCUUUGUGAUGUCCCCCAUGACCUUCCUAUGGUUGGAGGGUCUGGAAUCGGCACUUCCAGGCCAGACUAGCGAGGAGCCUACCGCCACCAAGUCAAAGACCGAAAAGGCGGACCAGCCCAAACAAAAGAAGUUAAAUGUGAAGAACACGGUGGCAAAGAUCGUGAUCGACCAGGUCGUCGGUGGCGCCUGGGCUACCGUCCUUUUCAGUCUGACCAUGGGACUGUUGCGCGGGCAGGAAUAUGAUGUUCUGGUGGACCAGAUUCGCAAUGAUUUCUGGCCCCUCCUGAUCGCGGGAUUCAAGCUAUGGCCAUUGGUCUCCAUCCUGAAUUUUACUGUUGUCCCAGCUGACAAGAGACUGUUGGUUGGUAGUAUAUUCGGUGUCGUCUGGGCUGUUUACUUGAGCUUGAUGUCCGGGUAAUUGGGCGACGGCGCUGGGACGCUUUGCCGUGAGACCCGACGCAUUAGGUAUUGGAUCCGAAUAUACUAGUCCUUAGGCGAAGUGGUAUCUACUAUUGGAAAAUGGCUGGGAUGACCAGAUAAUAAAU